AGCCCUUUUGUGAUUUGUUGCGUGGCCAUUCACAAAGCUUUCCUUCACCAUCACCCUCCUCCUUCCCCUCCUCCUCAAACCCUUGUCACAGAGGAGGUCUACCUUUGUUUUUUUGUUCAAUUUAUUAUUAUUGUACUAUUAUUGCAUACCCAUCUCUAUAAUCUCUCUGUUGUAUAUCUACGCUGAUUUCUUGAACGAAGAAACCACAUUCAGGAUUUCGCCAUAAUUUCGCAACCAGGAGUCUUCAUCGGGAGACGAAAACCUUACAUGAUUUGACUCAGUUCCUGUGUUUUUUAGUUACUCGGUGUGGAUACGGGUAUCAAUACCUUGCGUUUUGGCUCAAUCUUACAGCCUGCUUUCUUUUAGUCAACCAUCUUUUCGGAUAAGAUAUGGAGGGAUCAGGGCAUGGUGGGAGCAGUGUGGAAAUGUUCUUACGAAACUAUAAGCUUGGGAAAACACUUGGUAUUGGUUCAUUUGGGAAGGUGAAAAUUGCAGAGCAUGCAUUGACAGGACACAAAGUCGCUAUAAAGAUCCUCAAUCGUCGCAAAAUCAAAAACAUGGAGAUGGAAGAAAAAGUUAGAAGAGAGAUUAAGAUAUUAAGAUUGUUUAUGCAUCCACAUAUUAUCCGCCUCUAUGAGGUCGUAGAGACACCAUCAGAUAUUUAUGUUGUCAUGGAGUAUGUGAAGUCCGGCGAGUUGUUUGAUUACAUUGUGGAGAAGGGUAGGUUGCAUGAGGAUGAAGCUCGCAAUUUCUUCCAGCAGAUAAUUUCUGGCGUGGAGUACUGCCACCGCAAUAUGGUGGUACACAGAGAUCUUAAACCUGAGAACCUCCUGUUGGAUGCCAAAUGCAACGUCAAAAUUGCAGAUUUUGGUUUGAGCAAUAUCAUGCGUGAUGGUCAUUUUUUGAAGACAAGUUGUGGGAGCCCAAACUAUGCAGCCCCAGAGGUAAUAUCUGGGAAGCUGUAUGCUGGACCGGAGGUAGAUGUAUGGAGCUGUGGCGUCAUCUUGUAUGCUCUUCUCUGUGGCACCCUUCCUUUCGACGAUGAAAACAUUCCUAACCUGUUCAAGAAAAUUAAGGGUGGAAUUUAUACCCUUCCCAGCCAUUUAUCACCUGGUGCUAGAGAUCUGAUUCCAAGGUUACUCGUGGUUGACCCGAUGAAGCGUAUGACUAUUCCUGAGAUUCGUAUGCACCCCUGGUUCCAAGCUCACCUGCCACGCUACUUAGCUGUCCCUCCACCAGAUUCUAUGCAGCAAGCAAGAAAGACUGAUGAAGAUAUUCUUACAGAGGUGGUUAAGAUGGGGUUUGACAGGGAUGGUCUUGUUGAGUCACUUCGCAAUCGAGUGCAAAAUGAGGGUACUGUCGCAUAUUAUUUGCUAUUGGACAAUAGGUUUCGUAACUCAAACAGUUAUCUUGGAGCUGAAUUCCAGAAACCUGUGGAGGGGUACAAUCGUAUCAAUUCAAAUGAGGCUGCCGCUUCAGUUUUAGCACCACGCACAACCGGAUACAUGGAUUAUCAAGGAACAAAUAUGAGAAGCCAAGUCGAGAGGAAAUGGGCUCUUGGGCUUCAGUCUCGAGCCCAUCCUCGUGAGAUAAUGACAGAAGUUCUAAAAGCUCUGCAAGAACUGAAUGUGUGCUGGAAGAAGAUAGGUCACUACAACAUGAAAUGUAGAUGGAGUCCUGGACAUCACGAAGGUAUGGUAAAUGACGGCAUGCAGAGUAGUCAUUACUUUGGAGAUGAAUCAAGCAUAGUAGACGCUGACCCUGCCUCACCAUCCCCCAAUGUCGUCAAGUUUGAAGUCCAGCUUUACAAAACUCGCGAGGAGAAGUAUCUGCUUGAUCUACAGAGGGUAUAUGGACCUCAAUUUCUGUUUCUGGAACUUUCUGCUGCGUUCCUUGCUCAGCUUCGCGUCCUAUAGAAGACUAGAAUGAGCAUAGCCUGAAAUGAAGACUGGCUUUCUCCAGGAAAUACCUUUGUGAAGAAAAGCUGGGCUGUAUAUACCAAGCGUCUCAUUUAGGGUUCUAUGUUAUAAUCUAGAUACCGUAUUUAUAGGCGAAUGUUAUGAGCCUAUCUUUUUUGCAACUCAUCAGGAGUAUGGGCUUUUACUUGGUAACUUCAUUAUUGUUGUCUUCUAUGUUUUUGGUUCAUAAUAAGAGUAAUUUGUAACCUACCCAUGGAUUCGCUUUGAACAAGUGUUUUGAAAAACACAUGGUCGAGUUUAAUGGUAUGUUUGGCAAACUCCAAAAUGAUGCUUACUCA